AUGAUGAAUCCCAACGGCCAGAAGGGACGCACCGUUUCCUUUCUCCAGAACCUUCCCACGGAGCUUAUUCUCGACAUCGGGGAUUACCUGUCCCAUGGUGACAAGGUCUGUCUUGCUUUGACAAGCCAAUGGGGUCGCUGGAUAUUCGGUGUCAUUCCACACUCCAACACUGUCAGUAAGAUCGAGUUGCUCUCGCAGCUCGAAGAACGAGCGAUGUGGACAUCGGAGAUUCUUUGUCGGGUUUGCAAAAAGUUCCACGAGCCACAAAGGGGUUUGGAGCUGACUAGCCACGAGCGAACCCGUGCUUGUAACAAUCCGGAUCUGUGCUGGUUUCAGAGAUGGUCCUUCUCGGAAUAUCUCCCUUGUCACUUCCAUUUCGAACUGCUGGCUGCUGUCGGACGAUCCCACCGGCUUCGUCUAGAGCCGCCAGUCUACCCACCAAGUCUUCUCAAUUCAGUGGAGCAUUUCUUGCGUGACGAUGGGCAGCUGGGAUGUGUGGUCGAGCACUCGGUGCAUUUCUCUUCAGAGGGAAACGUUAUUUUGAAAACGGAGAAGAUUGUUCGCCCGGGCUUCUACCUGCCGUUGACAAUGGAGAAGACUCGUGCUCUGAAGGAAGCGUUUGAUGAACAGCCAUACAUCGGGGAUAUCUGUUCACAUGCGCAAUGGAGUGAGAUAUACCCGUUCAUUUUCGACAAGGAGUUGGGCUACUUGUGCUGGAACGAUGAGCAGUGGUCGUUUGGGCCGAGAAAGCGCCACAGCCUCAGGCCCAUGAGUGCACUGCGCAAGUGCCUCUGGACUCAUAAGGAAGAUUGCACUUCCUACUGUAAAGCCCAGAAGAGACUGUGGUACAGUCUGGAGGGUCGCAUGUUCAGUUGCGGUGCGUGUGCGACAGACUCUACCAUGAACACCAUCCGUAUGAAAACCCUGCCGGACGAGGCAAACUUUUUGGUCUUGACAUCGUGGAAGGACCUGGGUCAGUGCAAGGAUAAGCUCGAGACACAGUGGCAGCAACACUUGGAAGCUUAUAACUCCCAGGAGAGAGGGCAUAGAGUGUUGGGUAGCGUGGCGGAGAAGGUCGAUGUGGUGGUCAAGAUGGAGAAGACUGAGAUGGGGAACGGACCGACUUAUUACUACCCUGCUGUCUCUGAGGAGGGAAUCCUAAAGUUGUUCCUUUCGGAGGAUGAAAUAGGAAAUGGGUAUUACCAUCCAACAACACUCGAAAACGUGCCAAACGACGACCGUCUCGUCGUUAAUGAAAAUGUUAUUCAGGAUAACACGUUUAACGACGCUGACUACGGUCUUGUGGAUGAUGCGGGGAGUGAUACUGCGUCUCUGAGAUUAAGCAUCCUUCAGUACCGUGAGGAGAAAGGCAGGACGUACCAUGCCUACAAGGAUGGCGCCUACGUCCUUCCGAAUGAUGAAAUUGAAAAUGAACGACUAGAUCGGCAACCCCAUCUGUUUCUUCUUACCUUCUAUGAAAAUCUCCACGCAUCACCCUUGCCCAAAACUCUCAAGCGUGCAUUUGAUGCUGGGUGUGGUACUGGAAUUUGGGCUAUUGAGUUUGCGGAUGAACACACCGAAUGCGAGGUCAUUGGCGUUGAUCUGAGCCCGAUCCAACCAGUCGCAAUUCCACCGAACGCUUCCUUCUUUGUAGAUGAUCUGGAAGAGCCGUGGGACUAUUCCCAAAGGUUCGAUUUUGUCUUUGCUCGGUUCCUUACCGGCUCUAUUCGAGAUUGGCCCAAGUUCUUCAACCAGAGCUUCAAAAACCUCAAUCCCGGCGGCCGAAUCGAGAUGAUUGACAUUCUCUACCCUCUCUAG